GUGUCCUUGGAUAGCCUUUGAAGUCUAUUAUCUCAAUUGAGUGGUCUUUGUUCGAGGAGAGAAGGAUUAUCUUGCAAAAAUCGAGCUGGAACGAGCAAAGGUCUGUGAACUCGAGCUGUGAGAGUGCUGAGACUGUUUGGUCGAUAUCUCGAGUUUUACAAGUCCAAUUAAGGCGUGUGAGAUACCCACAGAAAGCUCUCAAGACGAGGAAUCCGUGAAGGUCUGGUUUGCAGGAAUCGGAGUUGUGGAAGGCUUCCAAAUCGUCCGAGCAAAACACAACCUCGCAGGAGAGGAUUUAAUCUUCUAAAGAAUCGAGUUAGCCGGAAAACACCCGUUCUAGGGGCUGUUUUCAUAUCAACGAUUAAGGGCUGAACUAGCACUUUGAGGAGGCUGUUUAACACUCAUAUUUGAGCAAGGAAUCAGUCCCAAAUCCACCUUGACCAAAGAUUUGACCAUUGGACCAAGAAGGGAAAGUUUAAAGCUCAAUUGAGGUUGAGGCUAGAGCUUGCUUCCUGUGCUCGUUGCUCGAGAGAUCAUCUAGGAGCGAAGACUUGAAAUGGACCGUGGUGGCAGGAUUACUAGGAGAAACCCGACCGGCCGUGUACCAGUGGAGACUGGACAGGGCAGUCGAAGGACCUCUAGGGCAUCUAGAGGAGCUGGCCGUGGAGGCCGAUCACAGACCGUGAGUGACGGUCAUGUGGACACAGAAAGUGAAACCUACUGGUCCUAUGAGGACUCGACUUACCAACCGGAAACUGAGCCGGUUGAGACCCCUUACGAAGGGGAUGACGAUGAUGUAAGUGAUGAAGAGGGGGAGAAUGACUCCCUAGCAAGAAUUGAGGCGCUGCUCCAACAAUAUCAACGGGAGCGCGAGGAAAGGAGGCAACGCCGAAGACGGCGAGCGGGGCAACCUUCGGGCAUGGCUUCGAGAGGAGGAAGUCAUGGUGCAUCUAGAGUCCAUGUGGAACCACAUGGAGGCCAAAAUGAUGGAGGUCCAACCAUAAGGAUCUCCAAAUUUAUCAAAGAAGCAAGAGAUUUGGGGUGCAAACCCUUUGAUGGAGCAGGGGACAUUUCAGUUGCAGCACAAUGGAUUAAGAGGCUAAAUGAAGCAGCCCUUGACAUGCAAAUCGCGCCAAAUCUCAAACUGAGAAUUGCGGUAAGAUUGCUCGAGGGGAUGGCAUCCAAGUGGUGGGAUGGAACCAAGAGCAAGUACGGUGAGACCGUCGUUUGGGAGGACUUCCAACGGGAGUUCUUUGCCCAAUAUUAUUCUGAUUUUGAGGUGAACAAGAAGGUGAGGGAAUACACCCUCCUGACCCAAGGAGGUAACAUGACAGUGAAGGAACUUGAGUACAAGUUCCGGGAUCUCGCCGACUACAUACCGGAGUAUGCUUGUGACGAGAACCGAAUGGUAAACCACUUUUGGGAUGCUCUUGACUUGGAGAUACGUGAUAGGGCAACACAAUUGCCUAAUAUGACCUUCGCCCAAGUGGUUGACCAAGCGUUGAAGGGGGAGAAACAGUGGGAGGAGAGGAAGAAGAGAGACGCCGAGGAGGCGAAAAAGAGAAAAUGGGAGAGUCAUGGCUCCCAAGGUUCCAACAAAAAGGGGAACCAUGGAGGAGGAUCUUUCCGGGCACCGCCGCCACCGUCUAGGGGGAAUCAAGGCCCGAGUGGGCAAGGCUCGAGGUCACAAACCUCGGUGGUAACUCGUUGCAACAAUUGCAAGAGGAACCACUCCGGUAAAUGUCGCGACCCCCCUAGAUGUUUUCAAUGUGGGGAUGCCGGGCAUUUGAAGGCGCAUUGCCCACAAUUGGGUGGGACAAGGACAUCGGGACCGAGCAGUGGCCCGACGGGUACACGGAAUCAAACCGGAGCUUCUCAAGCGAGCCGGGGACAUGGGGGAGCGAGUGCGAGCAACGCGCCAUCCGUGAAUCAAGGAAGAACUCAAGCUAGAGUUUAUGCGAUGACGGAGGCGGAUGCUCGAGCUAACCCGGACUCGGUUGCAGGUAUUGCCUCUUGCACAAUUGUAUUUUGUCCAUAGUUAAUCCAUAAAUUGAUGACAUAAGUCAUAGGGAUUGAGUGCGAGCCAUUACGGGGUCAAACGGCGAAAUUCGGGCCAGAACUGACCAAAAACAGGGACGCACGAUCGUGCGUCCAACCCCACGCACGAUCGUGCGUAGGGGGCAGUGGUUCCGGGUGAUGUUCGCGCAGGACGCACGACCGUGCGUGCCGGUACGCACGCCGUGCGUGGACGCACGAUCGUGCGUGUCCGGGUACGCACGACCGUGCGUAACCGGCAGUAGCCGGAAGCGAAUUUUUCCAUGCACGCACGACCGUGCGUGUCCCACGCACGACCGUGCGUGGACCCCAGCCGCCCGAAACCUAAGUUUUUCCCCUCGUUUUUCUACGAUUGGACCCCCGUUUGAUUCCGAACAUCUAUAUGAACCUAUUAACCUCCAAAAAGUGUCCUAAACCAUUAGAAAGGGUAUCUUACAUGGUGUGUAAAUGUAGGAACAUUAAAGAUUAAUGGGAAGGAUGCACGAAUCCUUAUCGAUACCGGAGCGCAACGUUCGUUCGUGAGUGAGGCGUUCGCCGAGGACUUAGGGGUACAAUCAAUACCAAUGACGCACACAUUAGUGGUAUCGACACCACUAGGGGAUGACGUCGAAAGAACUAGUUGUUAUCCAUCUUGUGAGGUGGAAAUUGAUGGCCAAACCUUGACGUGUGAUUUCGUACCGCUGAGUAUGAUGGAGUUCGAUGCAAUCCUAGGGAUGGAUUGGCUAGAAAAGCAUCAUGCUAGGGUAGAUUGCUACACAAAGGUUUUGGAACUCGAAGGCAAUAAUGGGGACACCCUACGCUUCGAGGGGGAUCGAGGUAAAUCAAACAGUUGUAUUAUCUCCGCCGUGAGAGCGAGAAGUAUGAUGAGAAAGGGAUGCCACGCAUACCUAGCAUACGUGGUUGACAAAACCAAGGAGGAAACGAACAUUGACGACGUGAGGGUGGUUUGUAAGUACCCGGAUGUCUUCCCUAAAGACCUACCGGGGCUUCCACCUGAUAGGGAGAUUGAAUUGGUGAUCGAGGUCGAGCCUGGUACCAAACCGAUCUCCAUACCGCCAUACCGUAUGGCACCCGCUGAACUUAACGAGUUGAAAACUCAAUUGCAAGAGCUUUUGGAUAAUGGUUUCAUUAGACCAAGCCACUCCCCGUGGGGAGCACCGGUUCUUUUUGUGAAAAAGAAAGACGGGACACUUCGAAUGUGCAUUGACUAUCGUCAGCUGAACAAGGUCACAAUCAAGAAUAGGUAUCCGUUGCCUAGGAUUGAUGACUUGUUUGAUCAACUACGAGGAGCAACCGUGUUCUCGAAGAUUGACUUGAGGUCGGGGUACCAUCAAUUGAAGAUUAAGGAAGAUGACAUACCAAAGAGUGCUUUCCGCACAAGGUAUGGGCAUUUUGAAUUCCUUGUUAUGUCGUUUGGGCUAACAAACGCCCCGGCGGCAUUCAUGGACUUGAUGAACCGAGUAUUUCAUAAAUACUUGGACCGAUUCGUGAUUGUGUUCAUAGAUGACAUCUUGAUUUACUCAAAGAGUGAAGAAGAGCAUGAAGAGCACUUGAUACUUGUUCUUGAGACACUACGGGAGAAGCAACUUUAUGCCAAAUUUUCUAAAUGUGAAUUUUGGCUAAAGGAAAUCGGCUUUCUCGGGCACGUGGUUUCGGGAUCGGGAAUUGCUGUUGAUAACAAGAAGAUAGAAGCCAUUACUGAAUGGGAGAGGCCAAAGAACGUCAAGGAAAUUCGUAGUUUCCUUGGAUUGGCAGGCUACUACAGAAAGUUCGUGGAGAAGUUCUCUGUUUUGGCAUCGCCAUUGACGAAGCUCACCCGUAAAGGAGCCAAGUUUGUAUGGGAUGACAAAUGUGAGAAAGGGUUCAUGGAACUAAAGAAGAGAUUGACUGAGGCACCGGUACUUGCAUUACCCAAACAAGGUGUGGGGUACGAUGUCUAUAGCGACGCGAGCAUCCAAGGGCUUGGAUGUGUACUGAUGCAGAAUGGGAGGGUAAUUGCCUAUGCUUCACGACAAUUGAAGAAGCAUGAGGUGAAUUAUCCUACUCAUGAUUUGGAGCUGGGGGCAGUGGUGUUUGCACUAAAGAUAUGGAGACAUUAUCUCUACGGGGAGACAUGUCACAUAUACACUGAUCACAAGAGCUUGAAGUACGUGUUUACUCAGAAAGAGCUAAACAUGAGACAGAGACGGUGGAUGGAGUUGAUAAAAGACUACCAUCUAGUGAUAGAGUAUCACCCCGGCAAGGCAAACGUGGUGGCAGAUGCUUUGAGCCGGAAGAGCUCGUCUGGGGCAUUGCUAGCUAAUUUGAGGGCAUUAAGGGCCCAACUGGAGGUAUCUAGCGAUGGUGCCUUAUUGGCACGAUUUGAGGUGAGACCUACUUUACUUGACGAGAUCAAGAAGGGUCAGGAAACUGACGAAGAAAUUAUGAAGAUCCGGGAACGCAUGCAAGCGGGACCGGUGGAGGAUUUCAGGGAAAGAGAUGAUGGUCUCUUAUUAUUUCGUGACCGAGUGUGUGUACCGGCAGAUGACGAGCUCCGAAAGUCCAUCUUAGAGGAAGCUCAUUCAUCGGCUUAUGCCAUGCACCCGGGGGGCACGAAGAUGUACCGUGACCUGAAGGAGAGUUACUGGUGGUCAGGUAUGAAGAGAGAAAUAGCCGAAUAUAUCAGUCGAUGCCUUACUUGCCAACAAGUUAAGGCAGAACAUCAGCAUCCAGCAGGCUUGUUACAACCACUUUCCAUUCCUGAAUGGAAGUGGGAACAUGUGACAAUGGAUUUCGUGGUAGGUUUACCACGGACAAUUCGGAACUAUGAUGCAGUUUGGGUUGUUGUGGAUAGGCUCACGAAGAGUGCACACUCCUUGCCUAUCAACACUACCUACCCACUUGAGAGGUUAGCCAAAUUGUAUACGGAUGAGAUCGUGAGGCUGCAUGGGGUCCCAGUGACCAUUGUAUCUGAUAGAGACCCACGAUUCACAUCACGUUUUUGGCCGAAAUUUCAGGAGUCUAUGGGAACGAGGCUGAAGUUCAGUACUGCUUUCCACCCACAGACGGAUGGGCAGUCUGAAAGAGUCAUACAGAUCUUAGAAGACAUGCUGAGGGCUUGUGCAUUGGAGUUUCAAGGAAGUUGGGACAACCACUUAGCACUCGUGGAGUUUGCCUAUAACAACAGUUAUCAGGCAAGCAUCGGCAUGCCUCCAUACGAGGCAUUGUAUGGGAGGAGGUGCCGUACACCGUUAUGCUGGGAUGAGGUUGGCAUGGCCAAACUCGAGGGUACUGAGUUGGUUGAGGUCACCAAAUCAAAGGUGAAGUUGAUUCGAGAGAGACUCAAGGCGGCUCAGGAUAGACAAAAGAGUUAUGCAGAUAAGCGUCGAAGAACCUUAGAGUUUAAGGUUGAUGACGAGGUAUUCUUGAAAGUUUCUCCUUGGAAAGGGAUCAUUCGGUUCCAAACCCGAGGAAAACUUAACCCACGAUAUAUAGGUCCAUUCAGAAUUAUAGAGAGGAUUGGGGCCGUUGCAUAUCGUCUACAGUUGACUCCUGAGUUAGAGAAGAUACAUAAUGUGUUUCAUGUAUCCAUGCUUAAGAAGUAUGUGCAUGAUCCCUCUCACGUACUAGAGAAGCCACCUGUAGAGGUACGUGAGGAUUUGAACUACGCUGUUCAACCUAUCAAAGUCACCGAUAGAAAGGUGAAGAAGCUGAGGAGCAAAGAAGUCCCAAUGGUUAAAGUCCUGUGGAAGAGCGAUCGGGUCGAGGAAGAGACAUGGGAAGCGGAGGCUUUGAUGAGGAAGCAGUAUGCUUUCCUAUUCGAGUAGAGCUGUGAAUUUCGGGGACGAAAUUCCUGUUAAGGGGGGGUGAACUUGUGACACCGCACCCGAACGUCCUUGAAAAUUCGGUUUAAAAUUCAAAAGUGAUGUAUUGAAUUUCCAAUUGCAAAACAAUGGGAGAAACGAUUAAUAUUUUACGAAGUACAUGAUUGAAUAUUGUAUUGUUCAAACCCGCAUUCUUUUGUAAUUUUCAUCGUGUAAAUUAUUGGGAUGAGCCUACACAUAUUGGAGAUCAAUAAUGUGAUUUAGGAAGUUGACUUGUUCUAAAUAAAUUAGGAUGAGUACAAAAAGACAUCUUUGACAAAGAUAAAACAAUAGGACCCAUCUUCCCAUUUUUGGAAGUAUUGGUAGAUAUUUUGGACCCCAAAUUUAAUGGGAUCAAUUGGGAACCACUCCACAUGGUAUUAGUACCUGCAAAACAAAUAAAAAUGGGUUAGGAGACUUACCUUGGCCGGCCAUUAUGGAGAAGAGCUGCACAUGACUUGAUAAGAAUCAAAGUUUGGGGCCACCACUCUUAUUUUCGCACAAAUUGGUGUGCUGUUUGUCUCCUCUCAUUAUAGGAGCUAUCCUCAACCAAAUAACGUGUAUGAGGUGUCCUUGGAUAGCCUUUGAAGUCUAUUAUCUCAAUUGAGUGGUCUUUGUUCGAGGAGAGAAGGAUUAUCUUGCAAAAAUCGAGCUGGAACGAGCAAAGGUCUGUGAACUCGAGCUGUGAGAGUGCUGAGACUGUUUGGUCGAUAUCUCGAGUUUUACAAGUCCAAUUAAGGCGUGUGAGAUACCCACAGAAAGCUCUCAAGACGAGGAAUCCGUGAAGGUCUGGUUUGCAGGAAUCGGAGUUGUGGAAGGCUUCCAAAUCGUCCGAGCAAAACACAACCUCGCAGGAGAGGAUUUAAUCUUCUAAAGAAUCGAGUUAGCCGGAAAACACCCGUUCUAGGGGCUGUUUUCAUAUCAACGAUUAAGGGCUGAACUAGCACUUUGAGGAGGCUGUUUAACACUCAUAUUUGAGCAAGGAAUCAGUCCCAAAUCCACCUUGACCAAAGAUUUGACCAUUGGACCAAGAAGGGAAAGUUUAAAGCUCAAUUGAGGUGAGGAUUGACAUCUAAUUGCUUACAACUUGUAGGUUAAACAUGAGAUUACCUAAAUGCUUAAAUCAUGGUUUUUCAUGGAUUAUGAUGAUUAUAUAUAUUGAUGAAAUAUUGAUAUAGUUGCCAAGGAAUGAAAUUUGAAAUGAUUUGAGAAGGUAUGAAUAAUAUGAGAUUAAAUGAGUAUAAAUGAACUAUUUUGUGAAAAUGGGCAUUUUGCUCAUGUAUGAAUUAUGUGGAUACAUAAAUGAAUAUUUGUGUAUUGAGAUUGAAUACUUAAGUUGCUGCUACAUAAUUAUAAAUAUGUAGAGAAUUACAAAUAAUGAGGAUAAUGGUAUGAUAACAAUAAUCUUAAUAGUAUUGAAAUACUAGUUAGUGAUUAUUGGAACUUGUUGAUUAAAUCGAUCCUAGGGAUUGGAUUGUAUGAAAGGUACUUGAAUAUAGUUCAAGUGUAUAUAAUAACUUAGUUUGGAACUAAGGUUAAGUUAUGGGAAGUCUUUAAGGAUGACCCAAAGUAGUUUAAUGAUAUGUCAAUUCUAGGCAUGGGGUUGCUUGAGAAUUGGACCUUAAUGCAUGGUGAUGUAAUAGAGCCGAGCUCUAGAAUGCAUGUAAGGUGUAGACUUGGAGUCUAUGUAUUGUAUAGCUAGAGCCGAGCUCUAGGACUUGCGUGGUGAUGUAAUAGAGCCGAGCUCUAGAACGCAAGGUAAGGAAAUUGGCCCGAGGUAUAUGAAUUGUAUGGUGAUGUAGUAGAGCCGAGCUCUAGAAUACAAUGUCAUGUACUAGGGUUGGACUCUAGGAGUUGUCGUGGCUUAUAGUCACGGGGUUGGGAAUGGUGAUUUCCAAAUGAACAUGGGCCCACGGGCCAUCUACUUGACUUUUAUAUAAAGUAAGUAUAUUUUUAAACGGGGUAACUUAGGGUUACAAUCAUAAUGUACUAUCACCCUAUUUGAGGGUCUUGUGUUUGAAAUACUUGUUGUAUAUCUAUUAGAUGCCUGCCACACCAGCACUUUAUAGCCGUAUAGAGUGCUGACCCCUUCGGGGGCGUCCCACCACCAUUUUUCAGGUUGAGGCUAGAGCUUGCUUCCUGUGCUCGUUGCUCGAGAGAUCAUCUAGGAGCGAAGACUUGGUUCGUGCUUCCUCCAUUCGGAUUUUAAACAUUAAUAAACAUGCUCAUGGAUAUUUUAAUAUAGAGCCUGCGUGCUCAUGAAUAGCCCUGUGUGGCCCUUUUGUUUUAAACAAUGUUUUCCGCUGCUUUAUGAAUUACUUAUUAUGUUGUUUAUGGAUGACUUGUGUGUGAAUGAUAUUCAUGACGCCUUGUAUAAUAUGAAUGUGUUGGACUGCGGUUGACUAUUCGUAUUGUACGGCGGGUUGUUGCCGUGUCCGGGGAGGUCCGGGGCGUGACAGGUCAAGUCUUCAUCACCCUAUUAAUAAAGACUUUGAUGUUGGUCAUCAAAUUUUUCUCCUAUAAUAAGCACUUUGUUAAUUAGUUAUGGUGGGC